GGUUUGGCAUCAUGCCUGUGAAAAAAAGGCAAUACCCUUUCCAAACAUAAAAUAUCAGUAAAGCUUCACUCAUUACAUCUUUCUCAGGCACAAAAUUCCAGUAAAAGAUUUCCAGAAUCAGAUUCAUCCGUAUCCAAUAACUUCCAAAGAUGAAUUGCCUUCACUAUCCAAUAACUUCAAGAAUCAGAUUCCAUGCUUCACGUCUGCAAAGCUUCAAAGGCAGCACUCCCAGAGCGCCUUUAUUACCACCCUCUGUCAACACCACUCUUGGUGUGGUGACAGCUACUGAUCAUCGCCUGAGGGUUGUGGCACAGGCAAUAUAUGGUUCUAAAUCUGAUAUAGGAAAGGAAGAUACUGCAAUGGAGGAAAAAUCUGAUAUAGGAAAGGAAGAUACUGAAAUGGAGGACAAAUCUGAAACGUAUAGUCACGAUAUGACUGAAGCAAUGGGAGCUGUCUUGACCUAUAGGCACGAGUUGGGAAUGAACUACAACUUUAUCCGUCCAGAUUUGAUUGUUGGGUCAUGCCUACAGACUACUGAGGAUGUGGACAAGCUUCGCAAGAUUGGAGUGAAAACUAUUUUUUGCUUGCAACAAAAUUCUGAUCUUGAAUACUUUGGGGUUGAUAUCGGUGCCAUUAUUGAGUAUGCAACCAAAUGUGGUGACAUUGAGCAUGUGCGUGCUGAAAUAAGGGAUUUUGAUGCAUUUGAUUUGAGGAUUCGGCUUCCAGCUGUGGUUAGCAAAUUGCAUAAGGCCAUCAAUAAAAAUGGCGGUAUAGCUUACAUACACUGCACUGCUGGACUUGGAAGAGCGCCUGCAGUUGCGUUGGCGUACAUGUUCUGGGUUCAAGGAUAUAGACUUAGCGAAGCUUACAAUUUGCUUAUGAGCAAACGUUCAUGCUUUCCAAAGUUGGAUGCCAUAAAGAGUGCCACUGCUGAUAUUCUUACAGGUCUGAAGAAGAGUCCUAUAACAUUGACAUGGAAUGGUGAGGAUUGUUCCAAUGUAGAAGUCUCUGGACUUGAUAUUGGUUGGGGCCAGAGAGUACCUCUGGGAUUUGAUGAAGAACAAGGUUCAUGGACUCUCCAUAGGAAAUUGCCAGAAGGGAGUUACGAGUACAAGUACAUCGUUGAUGGUGAGUGGGUGUGCAAUAGCUUUGAGCCCAUUACUUCUCCGAACAAAGAUGGGCAUGUCAACAACUACGUGAAAGUUGUUGACAUUAACACUGAUAGCACAAGCGCUGCAAUCCGGGAAAGGCUGUCAGGCGAUGAUCCUGACCUCACUCCAAUGGAACGUGCUACAAUUAGACAGUUCCUCGAUGCACUUCCAGUUGAAGAGUAGCAUGUUGGAUGUAACAAAGCUGUUGCAUGCUAACUUCUUGUGCUAUACAACAUAUAUAUACAUAUAUACCGUUGUAGAUCGAUGUGCCCCUAGGCCAUAUAUAGUUUGUUGAUGUUCUUAGAUUCAGUUGCAGCUGUUACCUUAAAUGUGCCAUUUCCUAGUACAUCAGCAGAUGUAGCAGAAGUAUAUGUUAUAGCUUACUGCUCCCUUUAUAGGAAUAAUGUGAAAUAAGAGAUCUUUAAAUAUAUGACCCAAAAUGUGAGUAUUGUUGAGUGGUGUAAAUGCAUUGGCAUCCAGAUUCCGGUUA